UCUCGAUCGAGUUGACAUUUGUAGGACGACCCGCCCAAGCACGGUAGAAUACACACUGUUUUAAGUGCAUGAGGACAAGGCGUCAAGGCAGACGACACCGGUGUAAGAGCUUCCAGACACUAGUCUCAAUGUAACCGGCUCAAAACCAUAUAGAAUGUAUUCUUUGACCACGACAGACUUAAGUUAGAAAUCCAUGUAACGGUAGGAUUUCACACAAACUCCGAAUACCUGGAAACAGAACAACUCCUUUGAAUUCACGGGUCAAAACCCCAACAGGGGAAAUAGAACUAUUUUUAACGGAAAGAUACCCGAACUACCGCAAACAUGCCGGAGGCAGCUCAGCAGUGUCCGGGGGGACAUUGACAGCGUUAAACGCUUCUGUGAGAAAGGAAGAAAGCUCUCAAAGCCAGGACUCGGGGUUUCAACCUAAGAAAGAGGGAAAAGCAAAGCAAAGCAAGAAACCCAGAGUCGGACCUGCCUGGGCUCUCAGGGCGCUCACAGUCCCUCUGGGUUUUCCCCAGGGCAGGGGGUUCCAGCUAAGGGGCCUUGGCAGGCUGGCGGUUGGGAAGCUGGGCCGCGAUAGUUCCAUUAGCAGUGGGCUUUGGAGGUCCACGCGGGCGUGGGAGGGGGCGGGAGACCCCGGAAGCCCUGCCCAUUCGCUGCUGCAGGGUCGUGACACCGCGGCCCGCGCCCCCCGCCCCACUAGGCCGUUGGCUGGACCCCAGUGGCUCCCAGGUUCCCGGGCAGGCGGCGCCAUGCGGCCCGGGCCCGCGCUCCUCCUACUGAGCCUGGGCCUGGGCCUGGGCAUGAAUCGCGGCCACCUCCCGCAGCCCCCGGCUCCUCGCAGGGCCCAGGCUGCCGGCCUCGUCUCCAGGACGCCCACCGCGUCUACGUCCGGAACCCGCCAGUGGACCUUCUGGCUCUUGCCCGUCGGGACGGCCAACAUGAGGCGCCCCCGCCGCGCCGCCUCCGACCUGCCUGCCCACGACGGUCUUGGCCCCUACAUGGGCUUCGUGGCCCAAACCAAGUGUCCCACGGAUGGGCCCACGCCUGUUGUUUUAGAAGCUGUCAACUCGGACGGUCCUCAAGCCAUCGAUUCUUCGGUGUCCUGCCAGGUAUCCGCACAGCUGCCCUGUGAGGUCACCAUGGUAAAGAUCAAUAGGAACAAAGAUGGUGUUCCCCUGGUGGUGACCAGGAAGUUGGGGGAUACCCUCAACGCAACCUUUCAAUUCAACUGCGAAAAGGCCUCGUUAAUUGUUCCGGAGUGGCAUGCCUUUUCGGUGCCCUCCGUAAAUGAUGUGCCGGACUGGAAUGCACCUUUGGAUACACCACACAUCCAAUUGGGUAGAACUCCAGCAUUUUUGCAUAUCGCCCCAAAUUCUUUUUCUUGGGGGGUGUAUGUGUUUAGAUUCACGAUCAGCCUCUUCAGGGAAAAACCAAAGACACUACUGGCGACAGGCUCAGAUUUCAUCUAUGUCACCAUCCUUAGAAGCGACCUAAAGGCAGUUGUUCCUGGGGGUCCCAACAUAACAAUUAAUUUCACAGACAGGCUGGUUCUGGAUGGAACGAACUCCUCGGAUCCAGAUUCAGAGAACCCUUCAGAGGGACUCCUUUUUUCCUGGUACUGCACCACAGACCCGAAAAACUACCAGGGAGAUAAAAUUACAGUGAUGAGCAACAGCGUCUGUCUCCCAAAGCAGACUGAUCUGAACUGGAAGGGGGCCUCUGGCCCCGUCCUGACACUUUCACCAGGAACACUUAAAGGUGGAGGUGUGUAUUUUUUCAGAAUGGUGAUCCAGAAGGGUGGUCGAACAGCAUAUAUUGAUAAAAGGGUACACGUGCUCAAAGGACGCACCCCCAAAGCUAACAUUUCGUGUAUUGAAAAUUGUGAUGCUGUUCUGGUAAUUUCAUAUGGAUUUUCUUUGUUUCUAAGUUGCACAAAUUGUUCUGCAAGCCAGGAUGUCUACAAAUGGUCGAUUCUGUCAUCUUCGGGUGAUGAGAUAACAUUUGAUUGGGUGAAACACACCACAACAGGGAGGAAUGGUGCUUAUUUGUCUAUAAAAGCUUUUGCUUUUAAGGAUUUUCCUGAAGCGGAGUUUUGGAUUUCUGCACAUCUAGCAGCUUGGAGUGGGGAGAACUUGGACUUGAGGCACCCCUUUAUUAUUAACUAUGUCCCUGAAAUCGGAGAGUGCACCAUUAAUCCAGCUAAAGGAGUUGCACUUUUUACCAGGUUUGUCAUCCGGUGUAAUCAUUUUAAGGAUAAGAACAUCCCUCUUACAUACAAAAUGAUAGUCUCCGACUUGUAUGGUUUUGGUCAGAUCAGUUCUGUAAAAGAGAACACGUUGGGGGCCAUCCUGUAUUUGGGGAACGAGUCCACAUCGCCCCCUUCCUUUCUCCCUGUUGGGGUGUUGGCUAAUCGUUAUGCCAUGAAGAUAUAUGUUCAGGUAUAUGACUCUCUGGGAGCUUUUUCUCAGGUGACGUUGUACGCGACCGUACGUGCUCCAACGGACAGAGUCUCGGAGAAGGACGUGCUCGAUCGCUUGUUCAAUUUCACCGUGGGACCAAACUCAUCACUGUCUACUAUGCUUGCCAACCAGGAAUUUUUACCUGCAGGCUAUCUAAUGUAUAUAGCAGCUUCUGUUUUGAAUAACAUGAAGCCUGAAUUCACUUUGCAAGCUGACAAAGCCAGACUCCGGGAAUACCUUGUCAACCAGACUUUCAUUCUUCCCAAUAGCACUCUGGUGGAAAUUAGCCAGGUGGUCAUGAGUGUUACUAAACUAACCCAGACGACCUCCGGAUUCACUCGAAUGGCUCAGAAACUCGCCACGGUGAGGGUUUGGCAAGCCAAUCGAGCCCUCCAACAGUCUCGGCAGAAAGAUUCAGACUUUCACUCUGAACAAAUAGAAAUCGUGAGCACUGGGAUAUUGACAAGUUUGUCUAAUAUCUUUAAACUGACCGUUAGCUAUGAAGUCGUUGAUGAGCCUUUCUACGUGUUGGAAUUACUAGCAGACACAAUAUUGGAGGGUAAAGUACCGGGGAAUGAGACCACUGCCAUGACAGCCUCCAGCUUUAACGUGUACGUCAGGAAAGCUGAAAAGUGGGACGUUACUGAUGUCUUCAGCAAUGAGAAAAGCGGUCGAAGUUAUUUUCGUCCAGUGCUCAAUGUGAGCAGCAUACCUAGUUUGCCUGCAAAUGCCCCGAUUUCUACCAUGUUUUGUGAGUUUGCAGAUGAUCCCUUUCCUUGGAUGAAUGCUCAGGAAAGCUGUUCUGCCGAUGUGGUUGGAUUCAGAAUGACAGGAACCACACCUAACGGAGAUGCGAUCGAGAUCAUGCCUGACAUAGCAGAAGCGUACAUCGCCAGAAGAAACUUGAGCUCUGCAACUUUUAAUCUCACGGUGGGACCCGAGAACGGGCCUGAGGGAGGCGAUGAGUCCUUGCAAAGCACGACAGGGCAGUUUAGGUUUGAGGUGGACAGCGGUGUAAUGAAGGAGUUGCUGGUCCACAUUGUGACCGAAGUGACCGUGGUGUUCACGGUGUUGGUGUAUGCCGGCAGUGAAAUUACCCCCAGUGCUCUGGUCGCCACCUUCCUUGUGCCCCAUGACAUCCCUCCCGUGGCCACUCAGAGUGUUCUGUUCGACUCAGCCUGUUCAGUGAAGGAGGCCCGUGUGGUUUGCCUUCCAGCGUCUCUGCUACAAGUCAUAGCUCAGCGAAGUGGCUCGGCUGAGUGCACCUUGAUCGUUGUUCUGCGAGCACCUCGUUUUGUCAUGAGAGCCAGUGAAAAGCUAGUGAGAAUCGCUCUUUUCAGCGUUCACUGCCUAGACAUGUAUGGGAUCCAGAGCGACUGGAGGGAAGAUACCUGUGUUCUUGGAGAGAAGACCACCUGGCGAAGACUGCACUGUAUCUGCCAGAACACCAGGAGGGCCCGGCGGCAGCUGCACCUCAUAAAACAAGCCAACACACACCUGCAAACCCACUUUUUGACGGCCAAGGUGAUUGUGGUCCCCAAUGCAGUAGAUCUCCGGUUGGAGGUCAUCAAGAACAUCACCCACAACCCUGUGACCCUCUUCGCUGUACUUUUCAUUAUGCUCACAUACAUAAUCCUAGCUUUCUGGGCCUUGUUGAGAGACGAAAUGGAUCAGUAUCUUCGGCAACAUGUGAUAAUUCUACUUGAUAAUGAUCCUUAUGAUAAGGUAUGUUACCUCAUCACUAUUUUUACAGGAGUCCGUUGUGGUGCUGGGACGAAGGCCGAUGUCUUCAUCCAACUUAAAGGGACAGGUGGUGAGAGCGACGUGCAUUGUCUGAGCCAUCCACAUUUUACAACCCUCUACCGGGGAGGCAUCAACACUUUCCUCCUAACGACGAAAAGUGACCUGGGGGACAUCCAUUCCAUUCGUGUGUGGCACAACAAUGAGGGCAAAGCCCCCAGGUGGUAUUUAAGCAGAAUCAAAGUGGAAAAUCUGUUCAGCAGACACAUCUGGCUGUUCUUAUGCCGGAAAUGGCUUUCUGUUGACACCUCUUUGGACAGAACAUUUCAUGUUACCGACCCAGGCCAGCCUAUCAACAGAAAGGACUAUUUCCUGAUAGAUUCGACUUACAAGCUGGGGAAAGAUCACAUGUGGUUCUCUAUUUUCUCUGGCAUCAGUGCUAGGCCAUUCAGUAGGCUGCAGAGACUGUCCUGCUGUUUGGCGAUGCUGAUGGCCUCCCUUCUGUGUAAUAUUAUGUUCUUUAAUCUUGACAGACCAGAAGAAACGGAGUCAGAAGAGGGGAGGUUCAUCAGGUCAAUGAUGAUAGGACUGGAAAGUGUCUUAAUUACGAUCCCUGUGCACCUGCUGAUCGCUUUUCUGUUCACCUACUCCCAGAGUGAGCCUCGAGUGAGUCUAGAAGAUGUAUCUCCCCGGAAGCGUUCCUUGGUGUCAGAUAGUGGACACUGGGAGGAAUUUCUGAAAAAAUGGCACUCUCAUGAAACUCUGCCUGCACCCACCAAGGAGGCUUCGAAGCUUCCACCUGGGAAAAGCCCUCGACUUCACAAGGCUUCUGCCAAGGCCCCCUCCAUGGCGCAGCAUAUGCAUAAGAAAGGAGAAAGCAAGGUGUCUCACACCCAGGAGAAAAAUAUAAAUGUCAGUAACGCAAACACAGGUAACAAUCAAGAUGUUGCUUCUGGAGAGCCACCUACCCCAGUGGGUCCUGUAGGACUCAAGGAGAAGGGCAGGAUCGUUCUGCCUUCGUUUUGUGUUUAUAUAGCGUGGUUCUUGGUUUUUGUCACAUCCAGUAUUUCCUCGUUCCUUAUUGUAUUUUACGGGCUGACCUAUGGCUAUGAAAAGUCCAUGGAAUGGCUCUUUGCAUCGUUUUGUUCAUUCUGUCUGUCCAUUUUUCUGGUGCAGCCAUCUAAAAUUAUACUCUUGUCUGGCCUUCGAACAAGUAGGCCCAAAUACUGUAAAAACCUUUCAUGGGCAGGCAGGCACUGCUAUAUUGAGAUCAAGUUGCGAAGCACGUUGAGCCCCGAAGAAAUGGAAAAGCGACACGAGCAGAUCAUGCAGCUCCGACGAUCCAGGAUGUACCAGCCCCUCACCGAAGAUGAAAUCCGAAUAUUCAAAAGAAAGGGGAGAAUCAAGAGAAGGGCUUUCCUGUUCCUGAGUUACAUUCUGACUCACUUCAUCUUUCUCGCCCUCCUGUGGAGCCUCGUCGCCCUCCUGCUACACAGAGACAGCUUUCACUAUAAUCAGUUUAUUCGCGAUCAGUUCUCUGUGGAUCUCGGCUUGGUGACCAAGCUGGCGGACAUCUACAGGUGGCUGGACAGUGUGCUUGUGCCUCUGCUCCACAACGACCCGAAUCCAACAUUCCUUCCCGACAGCUCCUCUAAGAUCCUGGGUCUUCCACUGCUGAGGCAGGUGAGGGCCAAACCUGGCGAUAAGCUCUGCCUGCCUGCCAACAGCUUUGCCCAAACCAGCAUGGAAGGAGAAAUCCGUUGUCAUCCCAACUAUGGCACUGACCCGGAAGACACGAGAAACUACUCUAGCCUUUGGAACAAAGUUGCUAAGCGGGCUGAAGACACGAAUACCAACGGGUUUACUUACAGGCCUCCAGAGAAGAGAUGGGGGUAUUUCUCCCACGGACUCUUACACACCUACGGGUCGGGAGGCUACGCAUUCUACUUUUUCCCAGAACAGCAGCAGUUUAAUUCCACCGUGAGGCUCAGGGAACUCCAAAGCAGCGCCUGGCUUGACGAGAAGACGUGGGCCGUGAUUCUGGAGCUCACCACCUUCAAUCCAGACGUCAGUCUGUUCUGCAGCGUGUCUGUGAUUUUCGAGGCGUCUCAGUUAGGAGUUGUGAACGCGAGCGUAUCCGCGCACUCCUUCUCGGUUGUCGAUUUCAACAGGGAAACUUCGGCAGACAUCUACUUGUAUGUGGCCAUCCUCAUUUUUUUUUUAGCCUACGUGGUCGACGAGGGCUAUGUCAUCAUGCAAGAGAGGGCCUCCUACGUGAGAAGCGUGUAUAAUCUGCUCAACCUUGCUCUCAAAUGCAUAUUUACUGCGCUGAUCGUGCUCUUCUUCAGGAAGCACUUCUUGGCCACGGGCAUAAUUCGGUUUUACUUGUCCAACCCUGCGGAUUUCAUCCCCUUUCAUGCGGUUUCUCAAGUAGAUCACGUCAUGAGGAUCGUGUUGGGUUCCCUGUUAUUUCUGACCAUUUUGAAGACCCUCAGGUAUUCCCGAUUCUUUUAUGACGUGCGGCUGGCUCAGAGGGCCAUUCAGGCGGCCCUUCCCGGCAUCUGUCACAUGGCGCUGCUGGUGUCCGUGUACUUCUUUGUCUACAUGGCCUUCGGCUACCUGGUGUUCGGGCAACACGAGUGGAACUACAGUAACCUGAUUCAUGCUACGCAGACGAUAUUCUCCUACUGCGUUUCAGCAUUUCAGAACACCGAGUUCUCCCACAACAGGCUUCUGGGGGUCCUAUUCCUCUCAUCGUUCAUGCUGGUGAUGAUCUGUAUUUUGAUCAACUUAUUUCAGGCAGUGAUUUUGUCCGCCUAUGAGGAAAUGAAGCAGCCCGUGUAUGAGGAGCCAUCAGACGAAGCGGAAGCAAUGACCUAUCUGUGUCGCAAGCUAAGAGCUAUGUUUAGGUUUCUGACCCUCCAACCCAGGGAUAAAGAUGAACCAGAGUUCUUUGUCAACAUGCUGUAUGGGCAGCCAGAGAAGAACAGCCGCCGGUAUCUAGGGCUGAAGACCAGAAACAUCAAUGGGAAGAAAAUGGUUUAUCUUGUUGUGUGAUCAGUGAUAGGGUCAAGAACCACAGGCAAAAUUCCCCCGAAAUGCUCAUUCUGUGGGUGUAAGGGAUGUUCACUGGCUCAGUGGUGCUCUCUACCCAUGUCACACAAAAUGCACACCCCUGCAUUAGGAAGUAACUCCACCUUUGGCCUCUACCCUUGAGUGUUGGGGUGUAGGACAGGUCUGCGGCAUCAGGGCUGAUUUCCCUCUAGAGGGGACCUCAGUGUCUUUGGAGCCCAUAACAGUUUAGAGUAUUAGAGACGCAGGGUUGGGGGAGAGAGAGCUAAAGGGUCCCCACUCUACCUCUCCCGGGCCAAGCAUCUGCUACUGCGACUGUGUUCCUGGGUCUGGGAGCCAAGAGCUUGUGAAUCCCUUAGUCCUCCUGGGACUGCCCUUUGCAGAGCAGGGCUGGAGCUCCCAUCUGAGCCCCCAGCCCCCUCCACGCUCACACCCCGCAAUCCAGCUGGGCCAGGGCUGAGGGACCUUGUGGGAAAUUUGGGAUCUUUCCUCCUGCUUUUGAAUUCAGGGAUGGGACCUGAGUGGCAGAAGUCUGAACUUCGUGUCUACUCCUUAGGACUAUUGCCACCUAAAGAUGUGAAAUCUAAUAACAUUUUUUAGCCAUUAGACAUGAAUUUUGUUCAACAACAGAAAGGCAUGUGUAUGUGUGUGGGGGGCAGUGGGUUCACACUGAAAGGUAGUAAAUGUUCUAUAUAUUGACUAUAAUAAUAUAUCCAUCCACGACAUGGGCUUUGGUUUACUUAUAGCAUGGUGGGUUAUUUUGGAAUAAUAAAGAAAACGUGGUUUAUUGUUUAAGAGAAAUAUGGGCUCAUAACUCUUAUAGUUCUGCUCAGAAGCAUGUUCAUUUAUGUAGAUGCCUCUUUAAGCUUUACCAGAUUAAAUGUGAGAUUUCUCCUGUGAGACUUGCCGUGAUUUCUGUGUGAGGGGCGUAUAUACAGAUGGCUCCUGCCGUCCCCAUGGAGAACAAGUGAAGGGGGACAACCCAAU